CAGGAAGACCCCACACAUCUGGUGCGUCCCUCGUGCGCGCGCGGCUCCCGCGGACCCCUCAUUGGCUGGGACCGAGAUGCCUUGACUGCUGAUUGGCCCAAAGUUCCUGGGUUUUGUUUUGAUGUAGGUGCAGCAGCAGCAGCAGCGUCGGUCUGCUGGUCCCAUAAAUGAAAAGGAGGCGCAGGGCGGACGCUCAGUGAGCAGAGGCACCGAGACGAGGCAGCUGAGAGGAGACACGGGCAAGAAGACCCUUUAAGUCCACUUGUCACAUCGGGAGUAUCAGGUCAUCGUAAAACCAGAGCCAUGCUGGCUGCGUGUUUGGAGCUCCUCGGCCUGGCGAUGUGCGUCGCGGGCUCUCUGCUGGUGAUGGUCGCCUGCGGGCUGCCGAUGUGGAAGGUGACCGCUUUCAUCGACUCCAACAUCGUGGUGGCUCAGACCAUCUGGGACGGCCUGUGGAUGUCCUGCGUGGUGCAGAGCACCGGCCAGAUGCAGUGCAAAAUCCACGACUCGGUCCUGGCUCUGGCGCGGGACCUGCAGACGGCCCGGGCCCUGACGAUCGUCUCCGCCGUGCUGGGGAUCGUGGCCCUCACGGUGACGGUCGCCGGGGCGCAGUGCACCAACUGCAUCAAGGAUGAGCCUCUGAAAGCCAGAGUGGUGAACGCCGGGGGGGUCAUCUACAUCAUCAGCGGUCUGUUGGUGCUGGUCCCCCUCUGCUGGAUGGCCAACACCAUCAUAGUGGACUUCCACAACCCGCAGGUGCCUCCGUCCAAGAAGCGGGAGAUCGGGGCGGCGAUCUACGUCGGCUGGGCGGCCAGCGCGCUGCUGCUGUUCGGCGGGACGCUGCUGUGCUGCUCCUUCUCCCAGGUGGUGAGAGGCGCGUAUCCCAUCAAAUUCGCUCCCACCAAGACGAUCGCGGACUUCGGGGAGUUCGACAAGAAGCAUUAUGUGUAAACCGAAGGUCCGGGUUCUGGUGUGGGGGCAGAGCCGAGGCCUCUCCGGACAUUUCCGCUGUUAACGUUUGAGACCGUGUGCGCCAAGGGAUGCUGCGUCUGCUCGUGCUUUGGUGGCACUUCGGUACGCCGAAGUGCUGCUCGCGAGGCACGACGGGCACACCGUGGCUGCAACCGUUGUGCUAAGCGUGAACUGAAUGUAAUUUUUUGGUAGUUUUCAGGCAGCCCACGUUUAUUUACGCUCCUAAAGUCUGUUUUUUUUUUAAACGCACCACAGGUCCAGUCCGAGUAAAGUUUGAGGAGCCCGGUAAUUAACGAAUCCAAAAGUUCACACCGAAAGAAAAAAAGCAUUUAAAAACGGUGUCGCUGUGCAGGCCGGGUCAGGUGUCGAGUCCCGGCCGAACGGCCGCUCCCUCUCCCGGUGGACUCCUGCUGGCUCGGGGGGUUGGGUCCCCACGGCAAACGUGCAGCCGGCAGCGAGAGGCCCAUCGGACCAGUGUGCGUUCAUGUUGUGGUCACAGGAGGGAAUUUUGCAUUUGAUUAAUGUACAGUCUUUUCAGCUCCAUGUCUUUUUUUUUUUCCAUAGAAACUUUUUCUAAUAAAAA